AUGGUUUCCGCGCAAGAAGAAGGUCCUCGGCCACUACACUCGGCAAUCGGACAGAACUCCGACCAUCGCAACGAGGACGAUUUGGCAACGGUCAUGAAUGAUCGUGAUCCAAGUGCCCAGUUUUCGCAGAAUAACAACAUCUCGCAGACCCCGGUCGAGCAUCUUUACCUCACCUUCGAUACCAUCCUACCGCAGCCCGUGGGUCUUUCUUCCCCACAACCCGGCCGGGCAGAACCACCGCCAUGUCCAGAUCUCUCCCAAUAUGCAUCGCCAUUUCUCUGGUCUGAGCCGCGCAAGUUUGCAAUUACUAUGAUAUCAUGCGGUGUGACUGCAAUGUCAGCAUAUGCAGCAGGCGAAUAUACUCCCCCAGCGGAUGAGCUUACCGAAAAGUGGAACGUGAGUAGAGUUGUCUACAAUCUGGGGAUCACCUUGUUCUGUCUGGGGUUUGGUAUCGCGCCCAUGGUCUUAGCACCCUUCUCGGAGAUCAAUGGCAGACGGCCGAUAUUUGUGACUAGUGGAGUUGUAUUCACUGUCUGCCUGAUUGGUUGCGGCGCGACAAAUUCGUUUGCCGGGCUGCUUGUCGCAAGGUUCUUUCUUGGAAUCGGAGGAUCCACCUUCUCGACUAUGGUUGGUGGAGUCAUCAGUGACAUUUACCAUGCUGGGGAUCGCAAUACUCCCAUGUCAUACUUCGCCGGUGCUGUCCUCUUCGGAACAGGCUUAGGCCCACUUAUCUCCGGUUUUAUCCAGCAACGAGCAAGCUGGCGGUGGAUUUACUAUUCCCAGGCAAUUGCUGCUGCGGUAUUUCUCAUCAUACUGUAUUUCUUCCUGAAGGAAACACGUGGAAGUGUACUUUUAAGUCGAAAGGCGAAGACUUUGAAUAAGUACUAUGAGGCACUCGAAAGGACUGGCUACUAUGGUGUGGUGUUCGAUUCGAAUGAACUUCCGGAGAAGCAACAAGUUCAGCGGAUCAGAUGGAAGGUCAAAAGUGACGAAGAGCGUGAGACUUUGGUUAAGAUGAUAUCCAUCUCAUGUUACCGGCCAUUUCAUCUUCUUUUCACCGAGCCAGUGGUAUUCUUCUUUUCGCUUUGGGUUGCCUUUAGUUGGGCAAUUUUGUACUUGAAGUUUAGUGCCGUGCCUCUUGUCUUUUCGACCAAUCAUCAAUUUAAUAUUGAACAAAAUGGGGCGGUUUUCUCAGCGGUAUCUGUCGCUUCGAUCAUUGCCACCGUGGUGAGCGUAAACCAAGAAAAGGUUGCUACUCGGAUUGGCAAAAUGUCAAAUACACCGGAAGGGCGGUUAUACUUCGCGUGUGUCGAGUCAAUAUUGAUGCCGGUGGGAUUAUUUUGGUUUGGUUGGACGUCGUACUCAUCUAUUCCUUGGAUUGUUCCAACUAUCGCCAUCGGAUGCUCAACAAUUGGGAUUCUGUCUAUAUACUUGGCCACUUUCAAUUACCUUGCUGAUACGUACCACCGAUACGCCAGCUCUGCGAUUGCUGCCCAGUCCUUUUGCCGCAACGUCCUUGGAGGCGUGUUUCCGCUGGUGACGAAUGCCAUGUUUACCAACCUAGGAUACCCAGCGGCCUGUAGCCUUUUAGGAGGGAUUGGCGUUUUAUUGACAAUAGUGCCGUGGGUAUUGGUGUUCUUCGGCCCUAAGAUUCGAGCGCGAAGCAAAUUUGCCAGUGAAAUCAUGCACCAGGAUUAG